AUGAGGCAAUCGGGUGGAUGUGGAGGCAUAAAGUCAAGGGAGAAGCCCAUACUUCAUCAAGCUCAGUUUGAGUCUGCGCAGUACGCCGACCCCCAGGAAGCCGAACAGCAAAGGACUAUUGUGAAGUUGGAAAGGGUGAUUGACAUGGGAGGAAUCAAAAUUAAAGACCUUGAGAAGACCGUCAGAAACAAUGUAGCUGAGAUAAACAGAGAGGAAACAGAGAUACAGAAGGUGUUUGCUGCAGUGAUGGAUGCUGUUAGGAGAGCUGAGAAGGAGCUGCUUGCUCCUCUAGAGGAUGGACACAGACGUCUGGAGAGAGAGAAGGAAGAGAAGUCACAGCAGAUACUAAGAAACAUUGUAAAGCAUAAAGAAAAAAUCAAUCAUCUGAAUCAAACACGGAACGAAGAAGACGACAUCAUCUUUCUCCAGUCAUAUCCAUCUGUGCCUGCUGAAAUCAAAGAUGAUUUGAGAGUUUCUAUUGACACUAAACUAAACUUUGGCUCCAUGAGAAAUAUAACCACAUCUGUUUUGACUUCUAUUAAGACUCAGCUGGGGAAUCUUUGCUCUUUUGAAAUUAGAAGAAUUCAGGGGUGUUUAGUGGAUAUGAUUCUGGAUAAAGAAACCGCACAUCCAGCUCUGGAAGUGUCUCAAGAUGGCAAAACCGUAAGAGUCAGAGGAAACGCUCAUGACAUCCCAAGUGGCCCCAAACUGGUGGAUGGAGUCCUGGGAAGGUAUCAGAUCAAGUCUGGAAAAGCAUUCUGGUUAGUGGAGGUGGGAAACUGGGUGUAG